CUCGGUACGGAUUACCUUGCGAACAAUACACGAAUGGUUCGUAAUUGACUGGGAGGUUCGCGGAGUGUGAACCACUCCCCUGCCCAUGACCAUCCCUGGCCAAUUCAAACGCGAACUAGAAAACAACAACUUGUCAUUCUGAUUCUAGCCCCAACUCUGUAGGUUCUUCCUUAUACUGCCAACUGAGUUUCUGCGGAUAGCAUCAACCUCCUUUGUCCAUCUCCUUCCGUGAAGAUUUCUGUUUCCCCCGCUAUCUCAGAGCUCAAAAACUAUGGGAUUUGCUUCUGUUUUUCACCACGGUGUGCGAAUUCCAACAAAUUUCAAUCUUGGCUUGCCCAGUGCUUCACAGCGAGUUCCAGCUGCGAAAUGGGCUGGGGUCCACUCUCAUGCUUCUCGCUUUUACUCAGUUUAUCAUUGUCGUCGGGUUCAUUGCGUUCCGAUUUCGUGCUCCAAAGGCACUGACAGCGAGGAUGAUUUAUCUGCAUCAGGCAAGAGGAUCAGUGCUCGGCCACGUGAAGACAUUGGCAACAUUGAGAAAUCUCAGGCUCACACUUCAGCUAAUAAUACAAAGGAACCUCAUGAAAAUGAAGCUUACGUGUCCUCUGUUAGAACUGUUGCACUAUGGGUGUGCACUGCUGUGGCAUUUGGUGUUGGUGUGGGCCUUAAAGAAGGUGUUGACAAGGCAUCUGAGUUCUUUGCUGGGUACAUAUUGGAGCAGAGUCUGUCAGUAGAUAAUCUCUUUGUCUUUGUUCUAAUAUUCAGAUACUUUAAAGUUCCAAUAACGUAUCAGGGCCGUGUUCUUUCUUACGGUAUUGCUGGUGCAGUUGUCUUUCGUCUAACACUAAUACUUCUAGGAACUGCUACCCUUCAGAGGUUUGAGGCAGUCAACCUUUUACUCGCUGGAAUAUUACUCUACUCUUCAUUCAAGCUUUUCGCCAGUGAAGAAGACGAGUCUGACUUAUCAGAUAACUUUAUUGUGAAGACAUGCCAGAGAUUUAUCCCUGUAACAACGUAUUAUGAUGGAAACCGGUUCAUAACAAAGGAAGAUGGGUUUUGGAAAGCCACACCUUUGCUUCUUACUGUAGCAGUUAUUGAACUCAGUGACAUUGCAUUUGCCGUUGAUUCAAUCCCUGCUGUUUUUGGUGUAACGAGGGACCCCUUCAUAGUUUUUACUUCUAAUCUUUUUGCCAUAUUGGGUUUGAGGUCGCUUUACACAAUUAUUUCUGAGGGCAUGUCAGAGUUGGAGUACUUACAGCCGUCCAUUGCUGUUGUUCUGGGCUUUAUUGGGUGCAAGAUGAUUCUGGACUAUUUUGGAAUCCAUGUGUCAACGGAGGCAUCCCUGGGUUUUGUAGCCUCAAGCCUAACCAUUGGAGUGGCGUUGAGUCUGGCAAAGAAGUCUGAAUAGGUUAAAAUGUUGUUCUUGGUGGUUGGUUGAAAUUUAUUUGAUUGCUUACAUUUACCAAGCAAUCACAUCAUCCCCCACCUUGGAGAAGCACACAUUAGUUGUUACUGAGGUACCUUCAACUGUAAAACUGAAGAAGUUUGUAGCUUCUCUUGAUAUUUACCGCUUCCGUAGAGGGGUGAGCGGUGACAUGUAUGGUUUGAUUAUUCCAUUCAAAAAGGUAAAUAAUUUUCUUAAUUUGCCUUUACCGUGUUAAUCCCACGUGCACUUCGUGUUAAUGCUC